AUGUACCUUAAGGGUCCUUGUCCUGAAAGCUUCUGGCGAAGGGUUACGUCCUCCAUCAUCACCGCACAAGUUGACGCCGCAGUUUCGGAAGGAGCUUCCGCGCAGGUCAUAGGCUGGGUUUUCAUUCGAGACAACAAGGUUGCCAGUCGGCAAAAAAGUGGUCCUACUGGGGCUCGUUUCCCGGCUCCCAGCCUUCUACUCAUUGAAUAA